CUUUAAAGAGAGAGCUCUGCAAUCAGCGUAGCUAUAUUAUUUACUAGAACACUGGUCUUGUUCUUGAUUAUCACAGGCAAAUCGAUUCUCCCUCUGCUGUCUCCAAUACAGAAUUUAUAGGGUUCCAGUCCCCCUCUCAACCGUUACAGUAAGCGUUCCCACGCUUGCUAUAUGUAUGCAUGCGUUUUUCGUGCUGUCGCAUAUCGGGAGAUCAUUAUUUCAGGAGUGGACUAGGGACCAUGCAUCAAAAGCAGGAUGGCACAAACCAUCAAAACACAGUCUGCUUUCAACCUUGGUGGCGUGGUAUUGGGCAUAGUCCCAUUUCGGCAGAUUUCUUGGGAGAAACCGCAGCAAGUUUAUCUCCAUCCAAAAAUUCAAAUGAUAGUUUAGGGUCCAAAACCAGAAAAUUACAAGUUGAGGAUGGGCUGGAUGAGGGAAAUGAUGUCAACAAAAAAAUAGAAAUUACUCUCGUAUCACAAGCAGAUGGAAAAUGUGAUCAAGAACAGCAGAAUGCUGCAUCCAGUAAGCCUGAAGCAAUGGGUCAAUACCUCACUCCACCUACAGAGCUAGAACUUCUCAGCCACUCAAUUGCAUGUGCAUCGUAUCAAGUUUCUAAUCCAUAUUAUGGGGGAGUUAUGCCUGCUUAUGGAUCUCAAGCUUUGGUACAUUCUCAUUGUCUUGGAGGGCAGCCCACUAGAAUGGCCUUGCCCCUUGAAAUGGCAGAGGAACCUGUUUAUGUGAAUGCCAAGCAAUAUCAUGGAAUUUUGAGGCGAAGACAGUCCCGUGCUAAGGCCGAGCUGGAAAAGAAACUAAUAAAGUUUAGGAAGCCGUAUCUUCAUGAGUCUCGGCACUUGCAUGCAAUGAGAAGGGCAAGAGGUUCUGGUGGCCGUUUUCUGAACACAAAGAAGCCUAGUGGUAGUGAUGCUAACACUGCACCUGAGAAAGGCGCCAUCGGAGCUGUUUCCUCGUAUACUUUCAAUCCAUUGCACUCUGAACAAUCAAACCUCUCCGGAAAUAUGCAUUCAUCCUAUGAUCAUAUGAAAGUAACAGGGAUUCAUGUGCCGGAAACGCACCAACAACCAACAUACUCCAAUGCCAAUGGCAACAGCUGCUAUCCACACCAUCAGGGAUUCCAGUUUUCUGCAUAUCAUUCGCUCUCUGGUGAUAGGACAGAAGUAGUCGAUUGCUCAGAGAAGCAGCACGAACGACUUAUGGUCAAUGGGGCUCAUAGAGCCCUGAUCAUCAAAUGAACUUUUUACACAACUUCACGUUAUUCUUCCUCAUCGGGUGUGUGUUCUUUUACGAAAAAAGCAUCAAUCGACAAGGCAAGGCUGGUCUCAGGCAAAUCAUUCUUGUGUUCCUCCCAUGUACAAAGAAAGUGACUGUUGUAGGGGUUUUGUUUGAAGAGUGAGCAGGUUACAUUUUUUUU